CGGUACACAGGAGAGGAAAGAUCCGUAAAUCGUCUUUCUUCUUCAAAACCCAACCUCGCAUUAGACACGUAAUUCCGUAAUGCCGACGGAUUCUGACUACGAAACGUUUCGUCGUGUUUAAUAUGUAGUCUGGAAGAUUUUAAAAGGAUCCGUAAAAGGAUAGAGGUAAGGUUGCAACAAGACAGUCGCUCAUUGGACAACUCCUGGGGCUUGGACUCAGUAUGGAGACUUACCAAUAAUCGACAUUUCUCUCACCGGUGGGAUAUAUCUGUGGACGGGGCGCCCCGACCGCAUACCAGUCAGACAUGGCUCAUCAUUACAGAAAAAUUUCCUUUGAGACGUAAAUGCUAAGAUCAGAAAUCGGCCUUUUGGUGGUCUUUUAGGUGACGCUUUCAAGGGCGGUGACAGCAUGCUUGUGUCACGCUGUCAAACUAUUAUUAUAGACAUGCCGCUGUUGUUGGUUCUAAAUAAACACUCGCUCUAAAUGAACAAUCACAACUUAUGUGAUCGAUGUUGAUAAUAUACAUAAUAUACAAUGUAUUUACAUGAAACUAAGCCAUUUGGAGUUGAUUAUUAUGUUUGUCAACAAACAUUUGUUAUUAAGAUGUUGUCUGGGUUACAAGUAUCUUGGAUUAUGAACCAUAGUGUAGAGAGGGCUGGAACUGACGACCACUGGACACUUACCUUACUGUCUGUCAAUCACCUUUGCAGGCUCACAAAAAUGUGCAUUUUAUGACUCGCAUAUAUUCGUUAAGUGUUAAUUAAUUAAUUGAUUGAUAUUUUGCAUCUAAACCAUAAUUCGAAUGCUCCUGCAUUUAAGUGUAAUCCAAAUAUAGUGUUGCGCGUUACAUCUUCUCGCCUUCCCUUCCGAGUUUCUCCUGUUGCGUUUGUUCAGAACCGUCCCGGUGAUGGAGGUGCUGUAUGAGGGAAGCGGAGGUGAGGGGUGAUGGAGGAGGUGGAGAGCUGUUACACGCUAGUUGACCUCCCACUACCCAAGAAGAAGAAGAGGGGCAAAGGCAGUGGAGAACAUGCGGACAAACCGAAGAAGCCCAGGUCUGCCUACCUGCUGUACUACUUCGACGUGCAUCAGGGCCUGCAGCAGGAACAUCCAGACAUGCCGCAGUCUGAGAUCAACAAGCGCAUCAGUGAUAGCUGGAAGAGGCUCAACGUGGCCGAUAUAAAGGAUUCCUACCUGGAGAGGGCCAGGAUGGAGAAGGACGGCGUGGAUCUCAGCGUUCAGUCGGCAGUUUCUUCCCGAGAUGUCCCGGGCUUCCGCAAAAUCCUCCCGAGGACCAAUUACGUUCUCCUUACCGAAGACGCCUUUGGAUAGCGAGAGGCCCGCACCUCUGUGGAAGUGUGCGUGGAGGACGGACAGGAAGUCCCCAAGGCCUCUGUCCAGGAAGGCUUGGUGUCCCCCUUGACCCUGGGUAGUGAGGUGGAGCUGGUGGAGCAGUGUGUGGGUGUGGGGGCUAUGGGGGAAGACACAGCUCUGCCUCUGGGCAGAAUCUGCUGCGUAUCAAGGACUUUUGCCCCAGUGUUCCACCUCAGCCAGAAGACUUCCGGAUUUUGUGGCCAGAAUCGUCGCCAUGGCGCCACUCUGCUGGUGAAGGAGGAAGAGGCCAGGGCGUUGGGCGAGGCUUAUGGUGGCGUUGGCAUGGCAGUAGAGGAAGGGUUUGAGGGAGGAGCUGUGUUGCCACAGGUCAAGCAGAUGCCACUACACCUGGUUGCAAUCAUACCCGAUCAGGAGCUGUUGGAGAAUAAAGUCCUUCCUGCAGCAGGUUCGCUCGUGAUGCUCCCUGUCAACCGCGUGAAAGCCGAACCAAAGCCUUCUUUCAAACUGGUCAUCAAUAAGUACACGAGGAGGGGCCGAGGCAGCUGCAGCACCCGGGGUGUGCGUUCACAGUACGUGACACGUCACAAACCGCCCCAGUGUCCAGACUGCGGUCAGCACCUCGGGGGCAAGUGGGUUCCCCCCUGUGACUGACAGAUAUGUGAACUGUAGGUGGCCAAAGGAGCAGCACCUGGUGCUGCAUCCUCUCCACGGAAACCGCAGAAGGGUCAGGAUGACGAGGUCUGUUCCGCUCUCCCGCACUCUGAAAUGGCAACUCGGGACACUGUCCUGACGUUUGUCGCGGACGCGGGACAGGGAGAGGCUACAGAAAACACGACGGAGAAGGCAGACGUUCAUGCAGGAGCUCAGGAUGCCAGUCCUGCAGGAAGGGGCGGAGCAGGGCCGGCCCGCGCCCUGAAGCGUGCACGUCGGAAGAGAGAAAAGACGGAUGCUGUUAUCGCCUGUCAACCAGCAGAUGGCGCCCUCAUCAGCAAUUCAGACGCCUCUCGGUGUACUGAAUCAACCGCUAUCAUAGGGCUGAGCGGAGCUCGUGUCCGGCUCAUUGGCAAAGACGGGAGCGCCAGCAGUGGACAGAAACGGCGCAUUCGAGCCAUUCUACCUGCGCCCGCAUCCCCCACGCUCUUUCAGUGGAUUGCAGUGCCUCCAGACAAAGUUAAAAGAGACGCGAAAGUGAACAGAACAGUGAAGCCUGGCGCUGAGAGGACACUGGGUCUGAAACCCAGCACCCUGAAGCAACUGGGCCACUCAGUACCCGCCAGUACCUUAGAGCAGAAACCGACAGCCAUCAACAGCAGCCAGUACAUAGUGACGGACAGCGGAGUGAAGAUUCUGUCCGUGGUGCCUUUCAAACAGAGCGCCAGCUCCUCACUGGCUCUGGGCUUGUCCACCGCGCGGGGCAGGGGCAGAUGUAAAAACCCCUCCUGUGGUUACGUCUAUAAGAACAGACACAAGCCCGCCUUCUGUCCCAGCUGCGGCUGCGAGCUCUCUAGCAAGGUGGCCAAGAACACCAGUGCCACGGCAUCGUCCCCGGAGACAGUGGACGGCUCGGCGCUCCGGCUGGACGUGUCGUCGGGCUUGACUCCUGCGCAGAGGGAGGUGCAGCGCCAGUCCACCGUGGCCCUGCUCCGACGGGCCCUGCACUUCCCCGAGAGCGAGGCCGAGCUGCAGCACAGCCCUGGACCUCGUCCGCCCGCCUGAACCGCGCACAGACGCACAGAGGGGGGCGGAGAGGAGGAGGAGGAAUCCGUUCGUGAUGGGUGGCCGAGUUUCUAUGAACCUCCAGCCACACACUGCAGCCUGUGCCACUAUCCGUUGUACAGAGGAGGAGGAGGUUGUUCAAUAGCAGGGCAGCAGCAGUGCUGGUUAGUGACAGAGUCUCUACUGCAGCCAGUUUCUCUGCAGCUGAAGAUGUGUAUGAACGGGCAGUGCUUGGCCAUGCACAGCUUCAUCGACUUACACCCAGGUUUGUUUAACGUGGGUAACCAGCUGCUGGCUAGUCUGGACCUCUUCUUUAAGAUCCGAUCUGAGAUCAGACUGGGCCAGGAGCCGUCCCUCGCUGCCUUCACCAUCCUGAACAACACACACACUCCAGCAGGUUGUACACUGAGCUCAGAUGAGCGUGCCCGUGUCCAGGAGCUGCUGUGCAGUGGUUAUUGGGCAUUUGAAUGUCUGACAGUGCGCGACUACAAUGACAUGAUCUGUGGGGUGUGUGGCAUUGCCCCUAAACUGGAGAUUGCGCAGCGCAGCUCGAGCACAGUCCUGCAGCUGAAAAACGUGGAGUUCACGUGGCCGGACUUCCAGGCCUCUGAGGAGGUGCAGGUGGAUGAGUUCUGGCUGGCGAUGGAGGCUGAGGCCCUGGAGCAGGCUGCCUUCCCCUCCAGCGUCUCCAUCACCCGCGUCGACGCCUCCAUCAUCGCUCCGUUCUUCCCCCCGCUAAUGAGGGGUGCUGUGGUCGUCAACGCUGAGAAGGACAAGAUCGCUACGGAGGCACCGCACACAGGAGAUGCGUCGGUUCUGAUGCGUCUGAUCCACGACGGUCAGCUGAGGCCUGAGCAGAUGGACCAGCACAGUGAGGAGGAACUUCGGCACAUCCUGGAGCAGUGUGGAAUGACCUCAGCACCGUACAGCAGCAAGGACGAGUUGAUGGUGUCCGUGUGCUUGCUCUACACACAAAUACAAAACGGCCUCUCAACUGGCCCCCAGCCCCCCUCCCACCUCACUGCAGGCAAACUCAGCAAGGUGUGCCCUCACCAGGUGGUGUGCGGCUCGAAGUACCUGGUGCGUGGAGAGAGUGCCCGCGAUCACGUCGACCUGCUGGUGUCCUCACGCUUCUGGCCUCCAGUGUACGUGGCACACUGCGGCCAGCAAGUGGCGUUGUGUGCGGAAGCGCUCUACCCAGAGCUGACGGCUCAGAUGUGGGGGAGGAAUCAGGGAUGCUUCUCUGAUCCGGAGACAGCAGCAGAGUAUGUCUCAUGCCCUGAGCUCCAGGAUCAGCAGUACAGUGUGGAUCUCUCCGCCGUGGACUCCAACCCCCGUCUGCACCCCGUUACCAGAUCCCCGUCCCGCUGGAUAGCAUGUCCUGCCAGCCCUGGCGAGCCCUGCCCGUCCUCCUCUAGGCCACACCCACACCGCGCCCUCGCGCUCUGCAGAGAGCUGCAGCCUUACGCCACCCUGGCCUCCACCUUGUCCAGCAGCAGCCCGGAGGAGGGCGAGGGCCCCCUGUGGCCCCCUGAGCCCCGCCGCGGGCCCCUCGUGUUCGACAACGCCGCCCAUUACUACCUCUACAACCGCCUGGUGGAUUUCCUGCGCAGCAGAGAUGUAGUGACCCAGCAGAUGGCGGAGGUGCUCGGGGUGUGUCAGCAGGGCGAAGUGGUGAUGAUCCGCGACGCCCUCUACAGGCUGGGGGUGGCGCAGCUCAACACCGAGGAGGAGCAGGAGGAGGCGCACGCUGGGCAGGAGGAAGGAGGAGACAUGGACGCUGCGGAAGACGCGGUGCUGGAAUAACUGAGGAGGACCCCAGUGAUCCCAAUAAUGUGGGGGAUUAAACUGGGCCAUGAGGCCUCGGUGAGAAUGAGGAAACUGGACAGAGUUGGAAACAGGAAACUGCUCAGAUGCGCCGAGCAUUUCAGGGACAGGAGACGCAGCCGAACCAAAAGACGAGACACUGUGGGCAGAAGUUCUGAUACAAGACAACUGUAUUUAUUGUUGAUUUAAGACGUGUAUUUGUAAUUAAGAGACAUACAAUAAUAUUGUCUAUGAUUUACGUGUGAAAUUUAAGAAAUACGGUAGUUAUAUUGUUUAUUAUAAACACCUAAUACAAGAAUUCACAGCUUUUAUCAUAAUUGUAAUUUAAACGUCUCAGGCUUCAAUUGUCCAGUUUUUUAUUAGAUGCCUCUCUUCAAAAAUGUAUUUAUUUUUGAUCACUGUAAUCAAAUUAUUGUUGUACUGAUCGCUUUCUUUGAUUACAAGACACCGCUGAUAUUAUAAACAUGGAUCGAAUGAGUCGUUUAUAACAAACUACUGAAUGCUACAGUUUGACCCACAGACAAUACAUCUAUAGUUCCAAACCAUAAUCCCAUGAGUCACUGCAGAUCAAAUAAUGCCCAAGUGAUGUUAUACAGAUGACUCCAGCAGUAAGCCUGUGUUCACAAUCACAUUUAUUUAUAUAUGAUUUAUAUAUAUAUAUAUAUAUAAAUUAAUUAAUAAUAAAUGAUGAUGACUAGUAGAGGUGAUGUUUUCACCACUGGCAGUGCGAAAAAGAGCUGAAAUGGCUGCAACUGAACGUAACUAUACUCACUGCAUAGUGAGUCACUGUAUAGUAAAUCACUG